UUAGAGCGGCUGCCGUGAGAGGGUAGAGAACUAGAGAGAUGAGCGGACACGUCGGAGAUCUGAGCCCGAAGCAGGAGGCGGCGCUGGCUAAGUUCCGUGAGAAUAUCCAAGAUAUCCUCCCAGGACUCCCUGCCCAAGAUGACUACUACAUCUUGAAAUGGCUCCGAGCCAGAUGCUUUGAUCUCCAAAAAUCUGAAGCCAUGCUCCGGAAGCAUGUUGCAUUCCGGAAACAUAUGGAUAGUGAGCAUAUCCAUGAAUGGAAAGCUCCAGAGGUUAUUGAGAAAUACAUGACUGGGGGACUGUGUGGUUUUGACCGGUCAGGUUGCCCUGUCUGGUAUGAGAUUAUUGGACCACUUGAUGCCAAAGGGCUCCUCUACUCAGCUUCCAAGCAAGAUUUUCUCAAGAAAAAGUUCCAGGACUGCGAGAGGGUACGGGAAGUGGGUAAUCAGCAGACACAGAAGCUGGGGAGGAAGAUUGAAACCCUCACAAUGAUCUACGACUUCGAUGGACUAGGCCUGAAGCACCUCUGGAAGCCUGCCGUAGAAGCCUAUGGAGAUCUUCUUGCCAUGUUUGAAGAGAAUUAUCCUGAGUCCCUGGGGCGUGUUUUUGUCAUCAAAGCUCCCAGGCUCUUCCCUGUAGCUUACAAUCUGGUGAAACACUUACUCAGCGAAGAUACUCGCAAGAAGAUCGUGGUCCUGGGAUCUAACUGGAAGGAGGUUCUGCACAAACACAUUGACCCUGCUGAGAUCCCUGCCGAAUACGGAGGAACUCUCACUGACCCCGAUGGGGACCCAAAAUGUAGGACCAAGCUAAACUACGGUGGAGACGUCCCCCAGAAAUACUACGUCCGAGACCAGCUGAAACAGCAGUACGAUCACUCGGUGAUGGUGAGCAGAGGGUCCUCCCAUCAGGUGGAAUAUGAGAUCCUCUUUCCGGGCUGUGUCCUUAGGUGGCAGUUCAUGUCAGACGGGGCUGACAUAGGCUUUGGGGUCUACUUGAAAACCAAAGCCGGAGCCCGUCAGCAUGCUGGUGAAAUGGCUGAAAUGUAUCCCAACCAGCGCUUCAAUGCCCACCUGGUGCCUGAAGAUGGUUCCCUCACCUGCACAGACCCUGGUGUUUAUGUCCUGCGAUUUGACAACACAUACAGCUACAUCCAUGCCAAGAAAAUCAGCUACACAGUGGAGGUGUUACUACCAGACAAGAAAUCCGAAGAGCAGUUCCAGGAACUGGAAGACCAAACAAAGGAGCUCAAAAUCAACCAUGCCUGAUUGAACUGGUCCCGUCCCUAUGCAUAAUAACCCCAAUUGCCUCUCUUCAACCUAUUUGAAGUGGUGAUGGUGAUAGGGUGGCAGUAGGGUGAGGAAACAGAAUGAACUCUUCAGAGGUAGAAUAUAGGCAAUUUGGGGAGGUAAUUUGGGGUUGGGGGGCUAGCAGGGGUGAUCUUGCCUUGGAGCAGCAGGACAUGACAAAAUGAUGUUCCCUUCCAGUCCCACAUGCCGCGUGGAAUGACAGAUAUCCCCCCCCCCCCCCCUCUGUGGUUGAGGGGGGACAGGCAAGGCAAAGUUUAAGUGCCAUCAGAGAUUUGGCUUAUAGAGCCAGUAUCUGGGAUGAGCUGCCCCCUCUGCCAGUCUAAACCGGCACAAAACUGGUGAGAAGAAGUUGGGAUUGCUUGCCUCUGCGUUCACAUGAUGCUUUAGAUCUUUAGACCCACAUAUAAGGUAAGAAGGGGGAAAGCAGCAACCAGAUGCCUCUUGGAAGUCCAUGUGCAAGGCAUGAGAGCACCGGCCCCAGAGGUUCCUUUUUGUUAGCCAUUAAUGGGUCUCUCAGCAAUCCUACCUUGGCUUUUUAAAAGGAUCACACAUCUAAGCUAGAGCCCAUUGCAGCCUCCUGUGGCAGCGAGUCCCACCAGUUAAUUGCACGUUGUACGCAGAAGCCUUUGCCCCCUAGAGCCUUCGUUUUAAAAACAGGUCUGCCGAAUUUGUGCCAUUCACCAGCCACGUAUGUUGGCCUACCAGGCGCUCGACAACCCUGCUGGUUUUGCAGUCAAGGCAGAACGCAGUUGAGUGUCUGAAAAGGCAUCUGACUAACUUCUCCCACACUGGGUUUGUUGCUAAUCAAGUGGCUUCCACAGCUAAGCUCUUGGCCUUGUUUAUCUGCUGACCUAGACGUGUAACAGCAGUCUAUAUGGGGCCGCUGACUGCCAUCCUGCCCAGGGCUGAUGCUGAAUGUACAAAAACCUUGCCUGAGAUUUGCAGCAGUUUGCACAACGGUCAUUGGCUGCUCCUUUUUUGAAACUGGCAAAGCUAAGACUGGUUCUGUUGCACCUGCCCAUCUAGAGGUGGAGAGCAAGAGAAGAGGGAGGCCGCUCCCCCCCUCCCAUCACUCUUUCUUUAGGACAACUUUGUGGAAGCUUGGAGGCCCUGAUCGAGAUGGGAAGUUUCUGGAUUGCAACAUGUUUAAAGAAUGGUUCUUCCACUGGCCCUUAACUUUGCCGCAAAACCGAAGGAUUUCUUGGCCUCGCUGGACUUUCCAGGACCAACGUAGCACUUUGUUCUCCUUUGUCUUUAUUGUGGUUGUUUCCUAUAAUCGCGAACACUAGAAAUAUUAAUAAAUGGAUGUCUGUCAA